AUGACUGCCAUGGCAACAGGAGAUCUGAUGGUCCUUAGCUUCAAUGUGAUCGUGAGCCAGAUCAUCAGGCACUAUUUCCCGCACUCCCUGCUGAGCUACACUACCGCCUGCCGACUCAGUGCCUUCCUGCAAGGACUCAGCCUCCAACUCUCCACCUGGUUUACCAUCGCCUUCACCUUUGACCGCUUUGUAGCAAUUUGCUGCAACAAAUUGAAGGGGAGGUAUUGCACUGAAAAAAUAGCUAAUAUGGUCAUAUCCGUUGUGAGUGCUCUUAGCAUUAUGGUCAAUGUUCCCUUGCCUUUUCGCUAUGAACCUAAUCACAUUCUGAACAACAUACAGUGGGGCUGCCGCACCGUCACCAGUUACCUCACUUCACCGGCCUGGGUAGCUCACCGAUAUCUCACCAACAUCUCAAACAUGUUUGUUCCUAUUCCCCUGCUGCUGCUGUUGAACUCUCUCACUGCCCACCACAUCCUCGUGGCCAGCAGAGCUCGCCGGGUCCUGAAGAGCAGCAGAGGUGGUGCUGGGGAGAUGGGCAGAGACCCUGAGCUGAAGAGCAGGAGGACCUCCAUCAUUCUGCUCUUCACCAUCUCCGGCUGCUUCGUGUUGCUGUCGGUGCCCAUCACUGUCAUCCACAUCUUGGUUGGCGUGACCCACACGGUGACUUACCAAGGUUCAACCUCGCUGUAUUUGGCAAUCAGAUCAACGUUCUUGCUGUUGUGUACCAGCUCCUGCACAAACACCUGCAUUUACGCACUGACCCAGAGGAGGUUCAGAGAGGAGAUGAUGAAUUUGCUGAAAUCUCCCUUAUCCUUGCUCUGUAAACCACACAAAUAA